AUUAAUUUGCUGCUGCUGUCAUUCUCUGCAGGUUGAAUUUCGACUAGAUGAGUAAACUGUGCUUGAGUUUUCAAACUAUCUUGAUUCGGGAACCAGACUGCUGUAUCUCCACCAUUCCUCAAUGAAUUCUUCAGCAUCACCUGGUGAUCAUAAUGAAGAACAACAAGCCAAAGGACUUAAAGGCAGAAAGUAUGUCCUAAAUGAACUUGUUCAAACAGAGAAAGUCUACGUUAAAGACUUGGGAGCUGUGGUUGAGGGUUACAUGAAAAAAAUGGAAGAGAAAGGAAUUCCUGAUGAUAUGAAAGGAAAAGACAAAAUCAUUUUUGGAAAUCUUCAACAGAUCUACGAAUGGCACAACAAUUAUUUUGCAGGGCAAUUGGAUAAAUGUCUUCAGGAGCCAGAACAUUUGGCAAAGCUCUUCAUCAAGCAUGAGAGACGCUUAGACAUGUAUGCAGUGUACUGUCAAAACAAGCCAAAAUCUGAGCAUAUUGUGAUUGAAUAUGAUGCCUAUUUCGAGGAGGUAAAACUGGAUUUGGGUGAGACAUUUAGCCUGAGUGACUAUCUCAUCAAACCUGUACAGAGGAUAACCAAGUAUCAGCUGCUGCUCAGGGACUUCCUUAAGUACAGUGAACAAGCUCGGCUCGAAUGUUCAGAGAUUGCGAAAGCGGUUGAUGUGAUGUACCAUGUGCCAAAACGUUGCAAUGACAUGAUGAAUUUGGGAAGACUUGAGGGUUUUAAGGGCAGACUCACAGCACAGGGGAAACUGCUGCAACAAGAUACAUUCCUAGUGACAGAACAAGUUUCUGGAGUUCUGUCCCGAAGUAAGAAAAGACGAGUUUUCCUCUUUGAACAGGUUUUAAUCUUUAGUGAACUACACAAGAAAGGUUCCUCAGCACCAAUAUAUCAAUUCAAGAAGAGCAUUAAGGUGAGUGCGCUAAAUAUUGAAGCUGACGUGGACAACGAAUCAUGCAAGUUUGCUCUGAGAUCCCAUGGAACGUCUGAAUGGUACAUCUUACAGGCGCCAAAUACUGAAAUCUGGCAAGCUUGGCUCCAUGACAUCAACAAAGUGCUUGAGAUGCAACAAAACUUUUUGAACGCCCUACAAUCACCAAUUGAUUACCAGAAAAAGCAACUUGGUCCUCAAUUUUUCAGAAGCAGGACAGAAGCAAGAAAACUGUCCCAACCCACCCUUGGGCCAGAUACUGCCAAUGAGACUCCAAGCUUCAAUAACAACAUGGAGCCAAAAUGAGCAAAACAAGAUACCUACAGAUGCCAAGGAAGUCAUUCAACUUAAUACUGAAAGCAUGUCACAUAUCAAUAGUUAAAACAUGGUAAACAUUGUCCCCAUACUAGUAUCAUUUAUUAAGCUAAACACAACGAGCCAUCAGAAAGUGAUAUUCUUAUUAAGACUAUGAAGUACCUGAAUUAAAUUAUGAAACAUUUUUAACAAUUCAAUCAUCAAUGAUUCAGGAUUUUUUUUGGCUGGGCUAUUGAAUUUAUAAAGAUAAACCAAUUGAAUAUGUGAUAAAAAUCACUAAUUAAGAUGGCAUGGACCUGGGGGCUGGACUUUCCUGAAUGCUACUUUCAGUUAGUUGCAGAUUGUUCCAAUUGAUUGGAUGCUCCCCACUUGCCUGGAUGGCUGCAGCUACAAAAACACUUACGAAGCUUAACACAAUUCAGGACAAAGCAGCCCACUUGAUUGGCACCACACUUACAAAUAUUCAAUUCCCUCUACCACACUGCUCGGUAGCAGCAGCUUGUACCAUCAACAAAUGAACUGCAGAAAUUCAUUAGACAGCACCUUCCAAACUCACGAUCACUACCAUCAAUAAGUACAAGGGCAGCAG